AAUAUUGUAGAAGAAAUGGAAAGUCCGAAGAAGUCUGAAGCCAAUGUUAUAGCACCUGAAGAAAAGGUCUCAGAAAUUGUGCCUAAGAAAUCUGAAGAAGCUGCGACAGAAGCGGAUGAAAAUGCAGCUAAGGAAAAAAUGGAAGUAGAGACAGGGGAAAUGAAGUCCGAUGAAUCUGCUUCCGUAGAAGAAACAGCGACCAAAGAGUCACCUGCAAAAGAAGAAGACAAGAAAACACAGUCAACUAAGGGAUCUCCUGUGAAGGAGUCACCUGUUAAGAAAGAGAAUAAAAAGAAGGGAGAGAAAGAAGGGAAUGUUGAGGCAACUGAACAGGAAGAGGAGGAGGAAAAUGAAGAACAUGAACAAAAGAAAGGGAUUUUCGACAUGCCGUUGGAGGUAGAAGGAAAACGUGAGCGUCAUAAGGUUGAACGCAUCUCUAUCGGUACUCCCACAGCCAAAAAAACUGCUACUGAAAUAAAGAUGGGAAACGGCGUACCACUUGGAGAAAUAGCAUACAUCGAAGACCAGCUCAAGAAACAUAGCGCAGUUGAGCUACAAAAUAUUCAUCGUUUAAUUUAUGGCCAUGUCGGCAAAGCUUCAACCAUCAGGAGAGAAAUUCGCAAGUUUACUGGGUUUGCCUUCGAAGAAAAUACCCCAGAAUUCAAGCACAAGGUCGCUUACUUGCAAAAACUGACAUUAGAUCAGCUCAAAAUAAUGAAAAAGAUACUAGGUGUUCAAAGCGGCGGAAACACCAAAGAUGCUCUCGUCACCACUAUUAUGGUUUUCAUGAUGAAAACCGUUGACCAUGAGCGUAAAGUGCCUGGUAAGAAACGCAAGUCUACAGCAAAGACUCCAGGUUCAGCGAAAAAAGCGAGGAGAUCAAAGGCGUCAGACGAAGUAAUUGAUGACGACGAUGAUGAUGAUGAAGAGGAGGAGAAAAAAGAGGAGGACGAGGAAAAAAAGAAGAAAGAAGGGAAAAAGGAGAAAACGUCCGCGAAAGCGCCGAAGACGCCAGCCACUGCUAAGAAGCAAAAAAAGAAAAAAGAAUCAGAAGUCAAGGAUGCUUCUUCAAAAACGGACUCAGAUGAUGAUUCAGGACCCGCGAAAAAGAAGUCUAAGAAAGUGUCAAAAAAAGAUAGUGAUGACGAUAGUUCAGACACCUCUGAGGAGACAUCACAGGAGAACAGUCCCUCUGAGAAGGAACUUGAGACCGUAAUUGAAGAGCUGCUUGCUACUUUUGAUUUGGCGCAGGUCAGCAUGAAGCAAAUGUGCCAAGCGGUGAUAGAAAGAUUUCCCGGUACAAAUAUUGCUACUCGCAUUGAUUUCCUGAAAAGCAAGAUCAAGCAGUGCCUCUCAACAAAGUGA